CCGCCAUUUAAUGUAAAGAAUAAUUUACGUCACCUUCAAGUGGUUUCCUUCUUUCCUUGCUUGGCAAAAAGUAAGGCCCACUUGCUCAGGACAUGUCUUCCUCUCUUUAAAGUUUCAGAUCUAAAGCCUAAGUUCAGCUUGAGUCUGACAUCUUUUCCUGUUAAGAGAACUUCUGGGUCUGUGUAGUUUUUGUGUUACUUUGACUCAGAAGAGGUAAAGAAAAAAGAGAUGGGAUUGGUUGGUGUCCAAGAAAAUGGGAAUGGAGAGGUUGGUUUGUCUAUUGGAACCAAGAAUAAGUACAGGAGAAUGGAUUCUGAAGUUACAGAGGAUUUUGAUGAUGGUUCACAUCAUCAUCAUCAAGAAAAGAGGAGUAGCAGUACUAGAAAAUAUGUUCUUGCUUGUGCCAUUUUUGCAUCCCUCAAUUCUGUUCUUCUUGGCUAUGAUGUCGGUGUCAUGAGUGGAGCAAUCAUAUUCAUUCAAGAAGAUCUAAAGAUAACUGAGGUACAGGAAGAAGUACUUAUUGGGUGUUUAAGCAUUCUUUCACUUUUUGGUAGUUUAGCUGGUGGAAGAACAUCGGAUAUUAUUGGUAGGAAAUGGACAAUGGCUUUAGCAGCCAUUAUCUUUCAAACAGGUGCAGCUACAAUGACACUUGCUCCUUCUUUCGAAGUGUUAAUAAUAGGAAGAUUUUUGGCUGGUAUUGGAAUAGGGUUUGGUGUCAUGAUUGCCCCAAUCUAUAUUGCUGAGAUAUCACCAAGUGUUACUAGAGGUUCUCUUACCUCCUUCCCAGAGAUUUUCAUAAACCUCGGGAUAUUACUCGGUUAUGUCUCGAACUUUGCAUUUUCAGGUCUUCCAGAACAUAUAAGCUGGAGGGUAAUGCUUGGCGUCGGAAUUCUCCCCUCAUUCUUCAUUGGAGCUGCACUCUUCAUAAUCCCAGAGUCACCAAGGUGGUUGGUCAUGAAAAACCGAGUUGAAGAAGCAAGAACAGUGCUGUUAAAGACAAUUGACAAUGAGGCAGAAGUGGAGGAGAGACUUGCAGAAAUCUUACUAGCUGCUGGAACUGGUUCAGCUGAGAAGUAUGAAGAGAAAGCUGUGUGGCGUGAAAUGUUGAGCCCUUCACCUUCUCUUCGCCGAAUGCUGAUCACUGGUUUUGGAAUCCAGUGCUUCCAACAGAUCACCGGAAUAGAUGCAACUGUUUACUAUAGCCCUGAAAUCUUCCAAGGAGCUGGUAUUCAGGAUAAGUCAAAGCUUCUUGCUGCAACCGUUGCUGUAGGUGUUUCGAAAACCGCUUUUAUAUUGGUUGCCAUAUUUCUCAUUGACAGACUUGGGAGAAAACCUUUGCUUUAUGUAAGUACAAUUGGGAUGACUAUUUGUUUGUUCAGCAUUGGUGUUACUCUCACUUUUAUUGGGCAAGGGCAGGUUGGGAUUGCAAUGGCAAUUCUUUUUGUUUGUUCAAAUGUUGCAUUCUUUUCGGUGGGAAUUGGCCCUGUUUGCUGGGUCUUGACAUCAGAAAUUUUCCCUCUAAGGCUACGCGCUCAAGCGGCUGCACUUGGUGCAGUAGGGAAUAGGGUGUGCAGUGGCUUGGUUGCCAUGUCUUUCCUCUCCGUUACCCGUGCAAUUUCUGUUGGUGGAACAUUCUUUGUCUUUUCUGGAAUUUCAGCUAUUUCAGUCCUUUUUGUUUACGCACUUGUUCCAGAGACGAAAGGGAAGUCAUUGGAGCAGAUUGAACUUCUAUUUAAGGAUGAGCAUGAAUGGCAAGGAAGUGAAGUAGAGCUUGGAGAUGUCGUGCAUCUCGUGCAGAAACAAUGACUUACUGAAAGAUUGUUUUAAUGAGCCUAAUCACCCAACUUUUGCAGCUCAACAACUAUGAUUGCAGGUGGAUUUGUGCUCAAGACUCAGCAACUAGGUUAUGAUUGCUGGUGGAUUUGUGCUUGAUCCAAUUCAAACGAUUUGGACUGACACCUAUGGUUAUUUGCAACCAGAACUACCUGUAAAUUUGUGGCUGAGGUAGCAAAACUGACAUUUCUACCAGUCACAUUCUUGGUGUUCAAGUCAAAUUCAUUCCUGGGAUUUUAUGAUGUGUUCAUCCAUUAUUUUAGGCUUGGUUUAGCUUGAAAUCUAUGAGAAAGUUGUAUUUCCUAGAGAAUAGUAGAAAAAAAGGUUUCUUUGCUGACUUACUAUCUGAAAUGUACUCAUACCAAUUUUAAUGAACUCUUGUGGAUUCAGAACUUCAAAUCUCUCUCCGGUUCUGGAUUCAACAAUUACAUA